AUUAUUAUUAUAGUAGGUACUAUAAUAAUAAUAUGACAACAGUAAAAUAAAGAACUGAUAAAGGAUAAUAUUAAUUUAAUUACCUAACAACACAAAUUCCAAAAUAUUCAUGCUAAAACAAAUAACAACGUAAUUCGUGCAGUAGCUUGUUAUUUGGUGUUCUGUAAAUAUCGUUUAAUAUUUUCCAGAUAAAACGUAUUUUCUCAAAAUCAAAAUAUGAUUUUGGAAGAUAAUCAAAACGUUAUUAAACCGAGGAACAGCCGAGCAGCACGGCCUAAAGUUGUUUACCAAUGGACUGUUCAAGAUGUUCAAAAAUGGUUUCGUCGUCAUUGUUACGAUUAUUACGUUUUAUACGGUGACAAAUUUUUACAGCAUGAGAUCAUUGGUCGAGCACUUAUAAGAAUAAAUGAAAAUCAACUGUACUGUAUGGGCAUUACAAAUCCAGACCAUAAUCAAGAAAUUUGUCGUGAAAUACUCAAGCUACGUUUAAAAACAUACAUAUUGGAAUUCAGAGAUUUGGAGCGUAACAAUCUCUACGACUAACAGUAAAACAAUUAAAUAAUGAAAUUACUUUCGAGUUGUGGAUAAUAAAGGAUCGGGCAAUUCAAGAUCCAAACCGUCAUUAUUGUUUUUGGAUAUUUCAUUUCCUAAUAAUUGAGUGACAAAAAGAUCCAUUUCUUGUUUGUAUCCGUUGCGUAUAGUUUGACAGAAAAAUAACGGAUCUGACCUUUCGGAUUGCUCAUCGUCAUUUGAAUUUAUUUUAAACCUGUGUAUAUGAAUAGAAUUUUACUUAGUUUUGUUUUUUUAAUUAAACUUUUUUUUUAUAAUUACAACGAAAGACCAAGAUUUGUCUUGCGUGGACUAUUAAGCUCCAAUGAUCCAGUUUCUGUUUCUACUUUAUAGAAAGAUAUUGGAUGAAACGUACUUAUAUCAUUGAGUGUACCAUUUUUGUUGAAAAUUCGUAUUACACCUGGUGCUUCACAGUCUAAAGUAAAUAAGUUUGUUUAGUUAAAAUAAUUAUAUUUGUAUAGUUAAAUAUUGAUAAAUGUGUAAUAAAUUUGAUUUAUUUUGAUUUGAGUAUUGAGUUAUUUUAUGAGAAACAAUUGUAUAAUGA